AUGUCAGAAGCAUUAAGUUACCAAAUGCCACACAGUUUGAGACACUUAUUUGCUGUACUAUUAGUUUAUUGCAAUCCCGCUAAUCCAAGAGAGUUGUGGGAAAAAUUUGAAAGCCCGACGUAUGAAGAUUUCAAAAAAUACCCAAAUAUGCAUACAAGAGAAAUUCGUCACAAAGUACUAAAUCAUAUUAAUGAUAUUCUUCAUUCAAUGGGUCGUGAUAUCAUUGAACUAACUCAGGGCAAAAUUCAACCAUCUGCAACAGCCAAAGAAGCUAAAGAUGUACAUUUUGAAAGGAAUAUUAUCGUUAAUGAACAAGAUUUACAAUUGCCAUAUAAACUAAACAUUGAACAAAGAAGAGCUUACAAUGUAAUCCUUGAUAGAAUAUUCUCAAAUAAACUCGGAGCAUUCUUCAUUGAUGGUCCGGGUGGAACUGGAAAAAGCUUUUUAUAUCGUGCCUUAUUAGCUACAGUGAGACACAUAGGAUUUAUAGCAUUUGCGACUGCGCGUUCAGGUGUUGCUGCUUCACUUCUUCCUAGAGGCCGAACUGCUCAUUCCCGAUUUAAAAUACCUAUUGAUGUUAAUGGAAUUUUUAGUUGCAAUAUUAGCAAACAAAGUUCACUGGCAUCGUUGAUUCGAGAUGCAAAACUAAUAGUAUGGGACGAAAUUCCAAUGGCGAAAAAAGAAAUGGUUGAAACACUAGAUUUGCUCCUUAGAGAUUUAAUGGAAACAACUAUGCUAUUCGGUGGAAAGGUUGUUGUAUUUAGUGGCGAUUUUAGACAAACUCUUCCCGUUGUCCGUGGUGGACAAAGGGAAGAUUUUGUUCGUGAAAGCUUACUAUGUUCUGAAAUUUGGCAUCAACUUGAAAAAUUACAACUGUUCGAAAAUAUGCGUGCAAAAACAGACCCAGCUUUUUGUGAAUAUUUGAUGAGAAUUGGUAAUGGAAAAGAAAGAAAAAUGAUAUAA